UUUGUGUUCCUUGUUUAUUUUUCAAUCCUACUCUAAUAAUAUUUGGCGCUUUCUUUAAAAUUUACCUUGAUGCUAAUGUGGCGCCACCCUAAUUUAAUGCAUUUCGACGGAUGAAAGACGAAAAUUCACUGUCGAUACCUUUCUUUGAAAGUCUUAUGAUCUAUGUGUAUAUAAGUAGAUUUAUGGAGUGAAAGUAAUAUUGAAAAGUAUAGUAUAAUUAUGAGUAGAAGUAGGAAAUCAAAAAUAUCACAUAAAUUGGAAGAAAAUAAAGAUAAGUUUCAAAAGCCGAUAGAACAAGGAGAUCAUGAUAAUUCAUUAUUGCCGAUGGAAAAUAAUAUAAAGGAUAGCCCAAUAAAAAACUCAAAUGAACCUCAAACUCAUCCUGGUCACAGUACACCAAUGCAGAAAAAAUAUUCUAAAAAUAAUGUAGAAGAUUCUCCAGGACCUUGUUGCAAUGAUAGUCCGAUAUCAAUUCCAUAUACACAAGAUGCCAGUGAAGUUGCCUGGGAUUGGCAAAUUUCAAGUAAAGCUAGUUCUGUUAAAAACAAAACCGAGGAUGAUCAUACUGUUACUACACCUAAACAGGCAAAGAUACUUAAAAAACGUAUUUUAAAUUCUCCAUUAUUAUAUAAACCUUUAAGAAAGAGGUUAAUAAAACCGGAUAGUGUAGAAAGUGUUGGAAAAUUUGCUGCCGAAUUAAAAGCGUUGACUGAAAAAAUGAAAAUCAUACAGCGUAACGAUGAGGACUGUAUAGAGAAUGAUUUAGACGAUAAUAAGGAUGAAGUAGAAAAUCAUGAAGAAAAGGAUCAAUUGAAUGAACUAAUUGUUUCGAAUACAAAUACUUUUGCCAAUAAAGUAAGUACAAGUUUUGAUGAAUUAUUUGAUGAAUCGAUAGAAGAUUCGAUGGUAAAAUGUAGCCAAGAAAUAGAAGAAAAAUUUAACCUAUGUACAAGCAAAAAGAUUAGUACAUCUGACUCAUUCAAACGAAGUAGAGAGAAGGAUACAUUUAUCACAAAAGAAAAAAGUAAAAGUGCAAGUAAUUUAAGUGAAAAUUUAAAAAGCACUUUUUUUUCACAAAAUUCUCCGAUAUUAAAUGUUAGUAAUUUUUGUAAAACAUAUUCUAAGACUACUCCUAAUUGUAAGAAAAAUGUAGAUAUAGAUGUAAAAAGGUUGGAAGUGAAAGAAAGUAAUGUGAAGCAAUCUUCUAUAAAUAAUAAUAUUAUAAAUAAUCGUAAUGAAAAUUUGCAACUUUAUAAAAAUUUAGUAAGACGUAAUAAUGCUGAAUUAUUUGAGAUACCAGAUGAUUCUUUCGACGAUUGUUUAGCUACUUGUAUAGAAGAUGAUAAAUUAUUAUCUGAAACAACAGAAUAUGAUAAUAUUUUUCCAGAUUCAGAUAUUAAACAGCAUGCAAAUGAAAGAAAUUAUAAACAUUCUAAUUCAACGAAUAGAAAUGUAACUAAAAGUGCAACAAAAUCAAAUAAUUUUGGCUGUAAUUCCAGCAGUUGUAUUAAUCAAACUUCUAUGGAUACUUUGAAUAAAUCCAUUCACAAUUCUAGUGUCAAUAGUAAUCUUACCGAAAAUAGAAAAUUUUUUAAAACUAGAAGUUUAUCAGAUUCAUAUUUUGGACAUGAAAAAACUACUAAUAUUAAUACAAAACCUAAUACAUCUAAUUCACGUCAAAUAAUAAAACACUCUUCUUCCUCUCAUUUGCCAUCUAAAUCAUAUGUAAAUAUUAGUGGUAGAAGUACAACAAAUGAAAAUGUUAAUGCAAACAAAAACAUUAAAUCAAUAAAUGAUGUGGAAAACAUGCGUGCACUUAAUAAUAGUAAGAUUAUGUUAAAAGAUUCUGCUACAAGGGAUAUGAAAAAUUCACAGACUAUGUUAUGUACACCUGAAGAAAUAGAAAGAAAACGUUUAGAAGCAAAAAUGAGAUUAGAAGCAAAAAGAAAAAUACAUACAAAUAUUAAACCAGCAAUACCUUCAGAAUUACCACCAAAGAAAAUACAAAGGUAAAAUAGUGUUAUUUUUUCUAUAUUUUAGAUUUUAAAUCAAUCUUUAAGAAAUACUUUGAAAAUUUAUUAUCAAAUUAUAUAAUAAGAUCAACUCUAUGAAAUUACAGUGCAAAUAUAUAGCAGAUAGAAAUAAUAACAUUUUAGCAUUUUACCUUUACAAAGUAUUUGAGUUAAAUAAAUGAAGAAUAUUUUAACGUGUUAUAGUAUUUUCUGUUAUAUUUAU